AAUCAACAAUUACCAAUUGUAAUUUAAACUGUCACCUCAAUCAGUUAUUUCAAUGAGCAAUUAACAAGUUAAUUGUUGUUUAAUUUCAUCUAAUUAUAAAAGUAAAUCAAUUGUCAACUUGAUCCUCUUUUCUGUUAAUACAUUUACAUAAAGUUUUUUUUUCAAUUCUAAUCAUGAAUUUAUUGUUAAUUUUGAGCCUUUUAUCGUUGACCUUUGUUCAAAGUUGCUUGACCAAGUCAAUUGCAGUUGAAAAAGAGAUAACCUAUGACCUGGACAUUUUGUACCGCGAAAAAUGGAGGCCACAAUAUCAUUAUUCACCGCCGACCGGUUGGCUUAACGAUCCCAAUGGUUGUAUUUACAAGGAUGGUAAAUAUCAUUUAUUUUUCCAAUACAGUCCAGGAACUUUGAACGCCAAGUCCAUGCACUGGGGUCACGCAGUGUCCGAGGACUUGUUACACUGGGACAGUUUACCAGUGGCCGUUUUUCCCGACAUUGACGGAGCCGCUUUCUCUGGUAGUGCCAUUAUUGACUCUACAAACGCGACUGGACUACAGAAAGAGGGUGAUGGCGAUUUAAUGGUGAUAAUAUUCACACGAGGAACUCCUUCUUAUUCAAUUCCUCAGCGACAGUUUUUGGCCUACUCAUCGGAUGACAUUCAUUUCCAAGUCUAUGAACAUAAUCCUAUUCUUGUCGAUCUCGCUGAGGUUCAUUAUCGUGACCCACAGAUGAUUGUUUAUGACGAUCAUUGGAUAAUGUCAUUGGCUGUUGGUAUACUCAAAUUUUACAAUUCAACUGAUUUAAUUCACUGGAAUUUAAUGAGUCGCUUUGGAGGUGAUCCUAUGGAGGGAUCGCACGCUGGUGUCUGGGAAUGUCCAGCACUUAUGCGCUAUUAUAUCGAUGGUAUGGAACUUUGGAUUCUAUUGAUUAGUAUUAACCCCGGUGGACCAAAUGGUGGAUCAGCUACUCAAUAUUUCAUUGGUACUUUCGAUGGGAAAAAGUUUGUCAAUCGAUAUCCUCCUGAACGAGUUCUUUGGAUGGACUGGGGUCCCGAUAAUUAUGCUGCCGCUUUAUUUGCAAAUUCCCCUCGUUCCAAACCAACGAUCAUCUCAUGGAUGAACAAUUGGGUCUAUGGUCAAGAGCAAACAACCACACCCUGGAGAGGACAAACAAGUAUCCCUCGAACCAUUGAUAUCGUUAAAGUUGGUGAAGAUGAUUACCAAGCGACAACUUUCCCGAUCGAGGAAACAUUUACCCUUCACGAUUCAGUUUUACACCAAAGUGAACCGGAUAAAAGUUCAUUGGAAAUUCCCUUCAACUCUGAGCAUUUUCACCUUGAAGCUAAAAUCAGUUCAAAUUCAUCAAGUUUCACUGGACUUGUGAUGAAAUUAUCAAAUGAAAAUACUAAUGAAUGGGUAACCAUGAGUAUCAAAGGUCAAGACAUUGAAAUUAAUCGAAGUGUUUCCGGUGUUAUCGCUAACGAAGCAUUCGCUAAAAUUAUCAUAGGAUCUCGAGUUCUUUCCUCACCCGAAAUGACAGUUGACCUUUUCUUUGAUUCAUCGGCAGUUGAACUUUUCCUCGACAAAGGAUUGACCGAUCUUUCCUACUUAGUCUUCCCUAAUCAACCUUAUGACCUCUUCUCAUUUGAAUGUACCGAUUGUACCGUUAAAUCAGUAACAAUUUACCAAAUGAAAUCAGUUUGGAAUCAACCAUCACCUCCACCACCACCAACAACAACAACUUCAUCACUCUAAUUGUGUACAAUUUAUAAUCAAUUUCAUCACUACUUACUAAUUAACUCUGUAAAAUUAACAUAAAGAAUUGAAAAUAAACAAAAUUCACCAAAAAAAA